AAUAAAUAUUCUUUAAAUCUCGCGGUAUUUCAAGUGGUGUUUUUGCUUUUCAGAUGUCAAUUAGUGAUGAAGAUGCUGAUAAUCCUCUACUGGAAAGAACAUAUUCCAUAACUCGUGAAAUUUAUACUAUGGACAAAUUUCUACAACACUAUCCUAAAUCGCCAGAAGUACAAAGAUCAUUUUCGCCAUAUAAGAUUUUGAAAAAAUGCACUUGUUCGAAACUCGCCAGCCUCCUAUCCUUUGUUUUCCCAUUUUAUUCUGUUUUGGCUCCUUUUUACAACCUACAAUCAUUUUUAUCAGAUCUGGUUGCUGGCUUAACACUUUCAAUAGUCCAUAUACCCCAAGGAAUGGCAUAUGGUGUUUUGGCCGGAGUAAAACCAAUCAAUGGAUUGUACACCUCAUUUUUUCCUGCUCUGAUUUACUUCUUUUUUGGGACUUCACGCCAUGUCUCUAUAGGUACAUUUUCUGUUGUUUCACUUUUAACGGCUGAUCCUGUUGAUAGAUUAACAUCAUUAUUCGAUGUAAACAAUCAUUCUUUAGAAAAAUAUGAUAUUUUUAAUGAAAAACAAAUAGAUGAUUUUCGUUUAACUGUUGUUAUAACAGUAUGUAUUUUGACUGGAUUAUUUCAAGUCGCUUUGGGUAUUCUUCGUCUUGGUGUAUUAGUAGUUUAUAUAUCGGAACCAUUAUUAAGUGGCUUCACUUGUGCAUCUGCUGUUCAUGUGUUCACUAGUCAAUUAAAUGGAUUAUUUGGUAUACGAUUAAAUCGUGCUACAGGACCUUUCCGUGUUUUUUAUAUAAUUAAUAAUUUUAUUCAUAUCAUCAAAGAAACUAAUCUUGUUACAUUAUUAAUAUCAAUGAUAUGUAUUACAAUUAUAUGGUGUUUUAAACAUUUUAUCAAUCCAAAAGUUUCAGCUAUACUACGCUUUACAAUUCCAAUUGAAUUAAUUGUGCUUACUGCUGGUACUGUUAUAUCAAAAUUUGGUCUAUUAAAUCAACGUUAUGGGGUGUCGAUUGUCGGUGAAAUUCCUGUAGGUUUACCAUCACCCGUAUUACCGGAUAUUCGACUAGUACCAGAAGUUUUAAUGGAAUCAAUCAUUGUAUCGUUUGUUUCAUUAGCUACAACAAUUUCUUUAGUUAAAUUAUAUGCAAAGAAAGGUGGUUAUAAUGUUGGUUAUACUCAAGAACUGAAUGCACUAGGCUUGUCCAAUGUAAUAUCUGGAUUUUUUCGUUGUCAACCCUCAUCUGGUGCUUUGGCUCGGACUUCAGUUGCUAGUAACGUUGGAAUGUGUUCUCAAGUUGCUUCUUUAAUUUCUUGUUGUAUUCUUUUACUUGUUAUUACUGUGAUUGGACAAUUUUUACAAACUGUUCCAAAGUGUAUCUUAUCAUCAAUUAUUGUCGUAUCGCUUGAAAGUAUCUUCUUACAAAUUAUGGAUUUACGUGCAUUAUAUCGUGUUUCAAUAUAUGAUAUGCUUAUAUGGCUUGUAACAUUCAUGGCCACCGUGUUUAUUGAUGUCCCGAUAGGUUUAUUAACUGGUUUGUGCUUCUCCCUACUAACGGUAUUAUAUCGUACACAAUCGACAUAUUAUUAUGAACUUGGCCAAAUUCCCAACACAAAUAUUUAUGUUGAUUUAAAGAGAUAUGAUGAAGCUAUAAAACUUCCCAAUAUUCUUAUAUUAAAAUAUGGUGGUCCAUUGUAUUAUGCCAAUUCAGAAUCUUUUCAAAAUUGGAUUCAUCAAAUGACCAAUAUUAAUCCACAUAAAUUGAUUAAACAACGUCAACGUAUCAAACAACAAUUGGACCGUAAGCAACAACAACAACUUAAUGAAGAAAAUCUGAAUCAGUAUCAACAUAAUAGACAUAAUCGAUUGUCUUUUGUUAAAAAUGUAAUAAAACGAGUCAAUUUGAAUAAAAAGAAAGAUUGUGGCGAAUUUCCACAUAUUUCACAACUUACGACGGAUACUAAUGAUAGUAAAAAUGACUAUGAUCUUACUGGUCAAUUGAAAUUUAUUAUCUUAGAUAUAUCAUCAUGGAUUUAUUUGGAUUUUGUCGGUAUGAGAACUAUUACUGAUAUAAUUAAAAGUUAUGCUGAAUUAGAUAUUCGUAUAUUAUUCACUAUAUGUGAUCCACAAAUUUAUACAGUAUUAAUAAGUGAUAAUUUAACAUCAUCACAAAUUCAACAUAAUUCAUUUAUUAGUAUACAUGAUGCUGUAAUCUAUUGUCAAAAUAUACUUUCUACUACUACUGUUACUAGUCAUAAUAAUAAUAAUGAUAAUUCGAAGAAUUCAAUAGAAGAUAAAACUAUAAAUUUACCCAUUCAAAAUAUCCCAGUGACUUAUUGUAAUUCAACAGUUACAGUAGAUAUUAUUACAGAUAAAUUAUGAUUACCAACUGAAUUAUAAAAAAGAAAGAUUAUUCUCUAUCGUUGUUUAAUUUUCAUUAGAAAUCAAGUGGUUGAAGAUGAUUGCUAAGAAUCCUUGAACCAUACGCACACACACUCUCUCUCUUGAACACAUUCAUCCUGUCUCUCAGUUACAAAUUUUUCUCAUGAGAAUCUUGUUCAUGACUUUCCAUUAGUGGUUUAUUAACAGGAACGUUAGAAAACGAAAAACAUGUUCAGUGCUUAAUCUAAUCAGCUGGUUAUAAAGUGUGUACUUUAAAAAGCUGAGAGGCCUUUAUUCCGGACCAAAUGCUGCACAUAAGCGAAAGGCUUUGCAUGAGAACGAUUAAAUAUAUGAACCUGCUAUUGUCACAAGUUACCAUGAGAACGUAUCUUCUCCUGUAUUCAUUAAUAAAGUCGGUUCUCAUGGUGUAGCUGCCUUAAUCUUAGAGUUUCUUCUUGUUAUUAUCAUCACCAUCAUUAGCCUACAGAUCAAUAAGGUAAAUCAACAAGAUAGAUUCUUUUUCAUUCUAUCCUUUUCUAGUUUUUUUUCUUUUUUCUUAGUUCAUGUAUUUGUUGAGUUUUUUUUUCUCUUUUUGUUUUGUUUAGUUUUUCUUUUAAAAGAAUAAAUUUAUUCGAAUUGUAUAUUUACGAAACAAUGAGAAAGUGACUUACUUACAUUUUCCUCAAUUGUGCAUUUUAUUACUUCCAAUCAAUGAUGGUUAUGUGUAUAUUUGUAGUGUUUAUGAAUUUCUUUUCUUUUUGUUUGUUUGUUUGUUUAUUUAUUAUGUUGUUAGUAGUAUGUUUUUACAUUUUUCUUCAGUUUUAUAUGAGUAUCUGUUUGGUUAUUACCUAUGAUUUGGUUAAUAUAUUUGUAUAUUAUUCUAAUGUAUAUGAUCAGCUUAACUGAAUAGAUUGAUUUGUCUAGAAAAUACAUCGAUAGCCGGAUUUU